UUCGGGUUGAGUUUAGUCUGCUUUGUAGUUUGUGGAGUGUGAAUUGUCCAAAAUGUCGGUACUCAGUCAAAUAGGAUGUAGUGUUGUAGUUUGCUACAUGUGCCUAAGUAUGGGUUUGAUGUAUGCCUGGCCAUCAUGCACGUUAAAGUUAUUCUCCUCAAACAACACGACCCUCAACCGACCGAUGACGGAAACAGAACUUGCACUGUUCGGUAGCCUAUCGUCUAUUGGCGCACUUAUUGGCACACCUCUAUCAGGCUUCCUACUUGAUGCCUUCGGUAGAAAAUAUAGUUGCAUACUAUUUUCUUUGCCCCAAGUGAUCUCAUGGAGCAUUGUGACUGUGAGUACCAAUGUAGAGUUGAUAUUAGCGGCCAUGUUUCUUUCUGGGAUCGGCGGCUGUGCUUUGUUAAUUGUUCCUGUAUACGUCAGUGAGAUCUGUCAGGAGUCUAUUAGAGGAAUGAUGACGUCAGGAGCCAUGAUAUUCUACGGUAUAGGACUACUGCUGUCCUAUUUGUUAGGGGGAUGCCUGGAAUAUAACAUGAUGAAUUACGUAUGUCUAUCGAUGGCGGUAGUCGGAGUGUUAGCUCUCUGGCCUCUUUGGGAAACUCCGAUACAUCUUUUGAAGAAGGGCAUGGAAAAGGACGCCGCAAAAGCAAUUGCUUUUUAUAGAAGAUUGAAGGAAACCUCCAAAGAAGUAAAUCAAGAGAUAAAUAAUAUGAAAAGAGCGCUUAACCCAGAACUUGAUGAUCUGACUCCAGAGGAAGAGAAAUUGAAACCAGAAAUGAAAACAGUGAAAAAAAUGUCCAAAUGGAGAUUUAUAAAGAAAUCUCGUUCAUCUCGUCGUGCGCUGUUGGUUGCUUUGACACUGUACCUGUUGGCGGUAUUCCAAGGUCUAGUUGUCGUCCAGGUGUACGCUGAACCACUCUUUGCUGAGGCACUGCCGAAUAUCUCUCCGACAGUGUCCAGUGUACUGCUCGCUGUCAUCACUGUAGUAGCUGGCUGUAUCGCUGCAUAUUUAAUUGAUGUGGUUGGGAGACGGCCGGUGAUGAUAUACGCGUCCCUACUGGCGGGCAUUUGCUGCAUAGCACUUGGUAGUCAGAUCCACGUGCAGUGGGGCCCACACUGGGUCACAGGUGUCUGCAUGUACCUCUUUUGUAUCACAUACACAUUCGGUGCUGGCACUGUGCCUUAUGUGCUGGGAGCUGAAGUCUUCUUACCUGAGAUCAAGAGUUUAGCAUCAAUGGUCUGCUCGCAAACAGCAUGGGCUUCAAACUUCAUCAUCCUCUUUAUAUUCAAUCCUCUAGUCCUGGCUAUAGGUCUUGGUCCUGUCUUCUACUUCUUUGCUGUCUUCUGCUUCUCUUCUGCGGUCUUCUGCUUCUUCUGUUUACCAGAGACGAUGGGAUUACCUGUCGAUGUAAUACAGACAUUGUUUGCACCGAAAAAGAAGAUUCAAAGCGUUUGCUGACACGUUUGACGACGACGACGACGACGUUUGAAAGAUUUGUUUUAUUGUUUAAUACCGUAGUUGUACUAAAAGAAAUUAAGAGACAAUAUUGUUAAAUACAAGACUGUGAAAAGUCACCAUUAAGAACGUGAUUGUAGGUUUUUGUCUCUGUUUUUUUUUCAAAGAUAAUGUAAGGGAUGACUAUAUGUACUACGGAGUUAAAUAUUGUAGUUGUUAUGAUGAAUAUAAACUCUGAAAGUUAGGAGUGAAAGUGAAAAAAAAGUGAAAAGUGGAUUGCAUUUAAGGGGACAAAUAAAGCGGUAGAUAGCUACUACCAUACAUCAGCUACUUUCCAGGAAUAGUCCCGCAAAAAUCGGUCCAGGAGUUUCAGAGUUUACCCGAAAUGCGGACAGACUGACAAUUUGAAAUAAUUGGUUAUGUAAGAAGUUUUAAAAGAAAAUAAACUUUAUACGAAUUGUAGUUAAAGUUAUUCCCUUCUAGAAUUAACAGUACCUAAAAUAUUUUGAAAUAAAUAUGUUGAUUUAAGAAACAAAAUAUAUUUGACAGCUCUAUACAGACGAGAAGUGGAAGCAACACCACGUUUCGUCUGAUAAGUAUGGGUGUCAGAGG